AGCACUGUGCUUCUUGGACAGGGAUGCGGAGGCAGAAGGCAGCAGAAGCUCACCUCGGCCGGGGCUGCCCAGCGUGCGCUCAUGACUAUCACCUACACUAGCCAAGUGGCCAACGCCCGCUUGGGCUCCUUCUCAUGCCUGUUGCUCUGCUGGCGUGGCAGCAUCUACAAGCUGCUCUAUGGCGAGUUCCUCAUCUUCCUGCUCUGCUACUACAGCAUCCGCUUCGUCUACAGGUUGGCCCUCACGGAGGAGCAGCAGCUGUUGUUUGAGAAGCUGGCUUUGUAUUGCGACAGCUACAUUCAACUCAUCCCCAUCUCCUUCGUGCUGGGGUUCUAUGUGACGCUGAUCGUGACCCGCUGGUGGAGCCAGUACGAGAACGUGCCGUGGCCCGACCGCCUCAUGAGCCAGGUGUCGGGCUUCGUGGAGGGCCAGGACGAGCAAGGGCGGCUGCUGCGGCGCACGCUCAUGCGCUACGCCAACCUGGGCAGCGUGCUCAUCCUGCGCAGCGUCAGCGCGGCCGUCUACAAGCGCUUCCCCACCCUCCAGCACCUGGUGCAAGCAGGCUUUAUGACCCCUGGGGAAUAUAAGCAAUUGGAGAAGUUGAGUCUACCACACAACAUGUUCUGGGUGCCCUGGGUGUGGUUUGCCAACCUGUCAGUGAAGGCUUGGAUUGGAGGUCGAAUCCGGGACCCUAUUCUGCUCCAGAGCCUAGUAAAUGAAAUGAGUACUUUGCGUACUCAGUGUGGACAGCUGUAUGCCUAUGACUGGAUCAGUAUUCCCCUGGUGUACACACAGGUGGUGACCGUGGCAGUGUACAGCUUCUUCUUGGCUUGCCUGGUUGGGCGGCAGUUCUUGAACCCAGUGAAGGCCUAUCCAGGCCAUGAGAUGGACCUGGUUGUACCCGUUUUUACAUUUCUGCAGUUCUUCUUCUACAUGGGAUGGUUGAAGGUGGCAGAGCAGCUCAUCAACCCCUUUGGAGAGGAUGAUGAUGAUUUUGAGACCAAUUGGAUCAUCGACAGAAACCUGCAGGUGUCCUUGCUGUCUGUGGACGAGAUGCACCAAGACCUGCCUCCAGUGGAGCGUGACAUGUACUGGAAUGAGGUAGAACCUCAGCCCCCCUACACAGCUGCUUCUGCCCAGUCCCGGCGAACCUCCUUUUGGGGGUCCACCUUCAACAUCAGCCUGCAGAAAGAAGAGAUGGAGUUUCAGCCAAGCCAGGAGGAUGACCCUCACAAUGGCAUCAUUGGCCGCUUCCUAGGGCUGCAGUCCCAUGAUCACCAUCCUCCCAGGACAGACUCAAAGACCAAACUACUGUGGUCCAAGAAGGAAUUCUACCUUGAAGGCCAGCUCAAGAAUGCCAAGCAGAACCCUAGGAACCAGGAAGAGAGCAGUGCCUGGAAGCUUAAGGGGCUGGAUGCCUUCAAGGCUGCUCCACUGUAUGAUAGGCCAGGCUACUACAGCGCCCCACAGACGCCCCUUAGUCACACUCCUAUGGUCUUCCCCCCAGAGCAGGCAGCACCCUCAAGAUCUCACUUAGUCACAGGUUCAGAUAACAAAGACAAAAGCCUGAAGCCUGUGACAUCUGGGGCCAACCACACUUUUGAAUUGCUCCUAGAAGGUGAUGGGGCCUCCACAGAGCACCCAGAAGUAGGUCAUAUGAAGAGGAAAGCUGUGGAGUUUAACCUGGGGGAUAUCCCAGAGAUCCCCAAAGGCCACCUCGGAGAACCACCUUUGGACCAGUUGUCAAACCCUACACACAAUAUGCCCAAAGAACAUGUAGAGCUCCACCUGGCCUUGGAAAACAGGUCUGUCCACCCAAACCGGGGUCACUGCAGUCUCCUGGCUGCUGACCCCACUUUGCUCAGUCUACCCUUUCUCUACAUUUUCCCAAGGUUCCAUUACUGCUAG